UUUAGGUCUCAACCUAAUAUCCGGGUUAAAUCAAGACAAGCUUUGCGCGAUACCACACUGUGGACAGGUUUCUUAUUCAACAAGUAGUCGUGUUUGAGUUGUCGCGGUUUAUCAAAAAUGUAUUUAACGUAUCGCAGCUUUACAUUGUUGGUUUUUCUUUCAGCUCAAUUCUUCCGCUCAGAAUGCUUUGACGCUAAGUUUGAGAAAAAUCUAAAGUCUUCAGAUUUGAAGCAAAAAUUGGCCAAAGCAGAAGCCCUUAGAAUGGAGGGUAGUCCAGAAUCUGAAAAGGAACAGGAAGAAACUGAACCUAUAUCAGUAUUGGGGAUUACAGUGCCACCAGAAUUAAUCAAUAACACAGUUGUGAAAGAUCAUCACACUUAUUAUAACUCUACAUUUUAUUCAAACCCUAAUGAAGGCAAGCAAUUUUGGGUAGAUUUAGAUUCUCCUUCUAGUCAUGCUAAUAUCCAUGAAAUGUUAUCUAAUUCUCAUAGGCAAGCUACAACUGUAGAACUGUCUUUCGAUUUUCCGUUUUAUGGACAUCUUUUGAGGAAUAUCACUAUAGCAACUGGAGGUUUCUUAUAUAUGGGAGAUUACUUGCACAACUGGAUUGCUGCUACGCAGUAUGUGGCUCCUCUAAUGGCUAAUUUUGAUACCAGUCAAUCGCCGGAAUCUGUGAUCAAGUAUGCUGAUAAUGGAACUGCUUUUACUACUGAAUGGAAAAAUGUUUACAUCCAAGAUCAUAUGAAUGAUGGCAGUUUUACAUUCCAAACAACUUUGCUUAAGAAUGGAGAUAUCGUGUUUGCAUAUAAAGAUAUUCCCUAUCCAAUUGCCAACAUUUCUGAUGUUCGUCAUCCAGUCAAAAUAGGUAUAUCUGAUGCAUAUAUUUUGGAACGAUCCCUUUUCUUUGUUAGAAGAAAGACCAUCUAUGAAUAUCACAGAAUAGACAUGUUAAAAAGAGCAGUUUCCAACAAUACAGCCAUUCAUUUUACUGCCUUACCAACUUGUCCUGGUUACAAAGAUUGCAACUCAUGUCAAGCUGCAGAUCCCAAAAUGGAAUGCAGUUGGUGUGAAGCACUCAAAAGGUGUUCUGACGGUAUAGAUCGAGAGAGACAGAAUUGGAUAUCCUCUGGAUGUGUGCUUAAGAAAGACAACACAUGUCCUGCUGAAUCAGGCUUGCCUAUUGAUCACUCUACCAUUUCUGAUAAAGGAUCGCUUGACAAAGGUAUAACACCAAAGUCGUUUGCUAAAUCAACUUCUAAAUAUGGUCCUUCUUCACCUUAUAACAUGGAUGCUACCUACAGUGUUACAGAUCCGUCGAAUAAUGAAAUUGGUGGUCCUGCACAUUAUGUUCAAGAAGAGGUAAAUAGCAGUAGUGGAGUGAGCACAGGUGCCAUUGUCACUAUUGUUGUAUUUCUGGCUGCUUUGAUCGGAGCAGGCUUAUGGGUAGGCUAUGCCUACAAAUUCCCUCAAACACCUUCUGGACAAUUCCUCAUCAAGUACCGUCCAAGCCAGUGGACAUUCAAAUCGAAGGAGGACAACAAUUCUGUUUCCAGCAACUCACGCCAUUUGUGAAAAGUGAAAGAAUCUGCAAAGUGGCUCUUUUGAAAAAAAAGUCAUUGAAAGGCUCAUUGCUCUUUUUGCCAUCAUACUAAGGAGGUUUUUUAAUUCUCAAGACACAGUUUAAUGGUUUUAGAUUGUGUGACAUUAGAUCAUGAAAGGAUUCUUUGUCCUUAUGAGUACAUUAUUUUGUUUUGUAUAGUGUAUAACAAUUUUAUGAUAUGUUGUUACUUGUCAUAGUUUAAUUGUGCAUUUAAUUAUAUUCCACAAUUAUAUAUAAACUCAGAUUUUAUAUUUUUACAUGUAAUAUAUAUACACUGUGAAGUUCAAUCAAAAGUUUUUAUUGCAAUGAAAUAUAUUUAUUUGUUGUGUGUUUUGAGGGCUUUUGAAAGGCUUUAUGUAUGUAAAAUUCAAUAUGUAUUUUAGUUUCUUUUUAGAUGCAUUUAUCUAAAUUUUGGAGUAUUCAGGGUGAUUUAAGAUGCUUAUCUUUAAAAAUAUAAAAAGUUUUAAUAUAUAAUCAUUAAUGAUUUUUAGCAUUUAGACAAAAUGUUGUUUUUAUCUGAGUAUCUGAUUCAUUCUUUUUAAUAGUUUUUUUUAUCAAUUGCAUGCUAUUUUAUAUAUUGUUUCCUUAUCAGCAUCGAGGCAGUUAUUGUUUUAAAUGUCUAAGUGACUGAAAAUAAGCUCAUGAAAACUUUUAAUAUCCUGGAAAUGUUUUUAUACUUUGUUUACAGUAAGCUAAUUUUUUUUAAAAAUUUAACAUUCAUUGUUGAAAUUUUAAUCAUAAAAUAGUAGAUUUAUUUUUAGAAAAAAAAGCUCUAAAAGUACUUUAUAUAUUUUUAAUAUAAAAAUAUAUACUACUAAGGUCUAAUUUAGCUAUUUUGUAUCAUUCAGCUGUUUAUCAUUAUUAUAUAUACCAAUUUAUUCUUAGUUCUAAUUUUUUGUACAUUGCUUUGUAAUCUAUAACCUAAUUUUGAACUGAGUCCAGUAUAGUUUAAAGCAGCAUUCUGACUUUUAAAAAAAGGCAACUUUUUGUUUUGUUUAAUAUUUUUUUUGUUAUGUAUAUUAUUUAUAUACUGCAGGUAAUAUAAAUUCAACUGAUGUAAGCUAAGUUUCUUUAAAAAUAAUUCUUAUCUCAUUUAUUUAUAAUAAUGAAUCAUUCAUUUAUAUAAAUGAAUAGUAUAAUUGUAUAAUAUUUAUGUUUUUAUUGAAAAUUUUCAUUCUCCGGAUAUUUGAAAUAUAUUUAUCUUAAAUAAGCCAUUUAAACACUUUUUGAAAUCUUUUUUCAAAAUACUCGCUGAAAGGCUUAUUUAACAAAAAGUACAAAUUCAAGGAGUUUACAGAGUUUUAUCUCCCAGUUGUACUUAUUUCUAAUUUAAUGUAUUUUACAAAUUUUGUUAACAUUGCUUGAAUGAUUUUGCUUAUUUUUCAAGAAUAAGUUUACUCUGAAGCCUUUGCUCUUUAAAAAGAUAUUAAAUGCAUAAUCAUUCAUGUCAUUGUUGCGAGGAACCAUUUAAGUUGUCAGUACAGCAAAAAUUAUGAAAGAUGAUAUUCCACCCAAAUAAAUAGGCCUAAAUAGGAUCCUAAUGUAUUUUUUUAAAAAAUUCAAUUUAUCUGAAUAUUAUACAGUUUUUAAUAUCAAUAUUUUAAGUCAUAAAACUAUAUAUUUUAAAUAAAAAUUGUUUAAUCUCAUGAAAAAAAAAAGUUUUUAUAAUACUUGGCCAUGAAAGAACAUAUACCAUUCACCCAUGAAUGAUGUAAUAUGUUCUAUUGUAUCAUUCACGUUUUGGCCUCUUGAAGCUUUCAACUUAAGUUGUUAUUCAUGAUAGUUAAAGUUAUGUGUUCUACAUUUAAAAUUAGUUAAUUUUAUACCAUCUGCAUAUAUUUUCUUCCCUUAACCCAUUGUUCUACGCCCUAGUAUUCUUAACUUGUUGCUCAAGACCUUUUACAAAAAAUAAAACUAAUUAUUACAAUUAAUAACAGAUAUAUACCUUUAUAAAGUUAAAAGUACAGUCAACCUUAUAAUUGUAUAAAUAAGGUUUAAAACCUUAAUUAAAGCUGAAAAAAAAAGCUAUUGAAAUUAAUUAUAAAUAAAGGCCUCAUUAUUUUUUUUACUACAUGGUUUAGAUUAAAAAAGUAGUGUUUAAUAUAAUUUCAUUAUUAUUUUUAUUUCAGUAUUGGAAAAUAGUUUCUUUAACAUGCAAUGAAAUUUACUGUAAUAUCAGUGUGAUAUUUUUUUUUUUAAUCCACAAAUUGUUUAGCUCAUUAUUGUUAUGUAUUCUAAUUAUAUUUCAUUCGUUUUUUUUUUCCAGUCUUUACAAAUUGCAUUUUAAUCCAUAAAAAGAUCUGAAUCAUAUAUAUUCAUGAAUAAAUGUUAUUAUUUUC